UUUCACUCCGCGCAAGGGGAGGCAGCAGCAGCUCUGCAAAAAGACGCUGCAAUAAUUGUUAGUGUGGAUGCUGUCCCGAUGCCGAGAAGUUGAUAACGUCCUGACUACAACAUUUUAACCAUACUAAGGAAACGGUCGCGGAAAAAGUUAUUUUGAAUUGCCUAUCCCUCGCCACCUGACAAGGAAUAGGGUACAGAAUAAAUCACAAGAGGUUGCUGGAGUGAAAACGCAUUCACCAUCCUAAAGGAUCGUUUAGAAAGGAUACCACUUUGUCUUUUGGAAAUGGAUUUAAUUUAGGAGUUUUUUUACUUUAGUUUAGAUUUUUACUCUGCCUUUUUCACUCCACAAGGGAUUUGUUUAAAGAAGCGACCGUUAUUGUUGGGAUAUUUGCUAACGGACGUGCAUGCGCUCAGUGGCAGAGAAGGAGCAGAUGAAUGUUUAGGAAGAAGCCUUCAGAAUGAAGACCGAGGCCAAGGGUUUGGGGCGGUCUGUGUCGAGGUCGCUGCAGGAUGAGGGCCGGUGGAGCCGAGGGGUCCUGCUGCUGGCCUACAUCGUCCUGGAGCUGAUCACCGUCCACUCCUCCACCGUCCUGGGGAACCUGGAGCUCCAGUUGGACGAGGAACAGCCAGCUGGGACCAUCGUAGGAGACAUCAGCGCUGGGUUACCGCCUGGUGUCACCGCAAAUCUUUACUUCAUUUCAGAUCACGAGGGCACCGGGGUGGGGAGUGACCUGGACAUAGAUGAAAGCACGGGCAUCAUCAAGACAGCCAAGGUGUUGGACCAUGAGCUGAGGGACCGAUACAACUUCAUUGCAGUGACUAUGACAGGUGUGACCGUUGAAGUGACCAUCACAGUGAAUGACAUCAAUGACCAUGCUCCUACAUUCCCCCGGAGGAGAGCGACGUUCAAAAUCCCGGAGAUGACAGCGGUGGGAACCAGGUUCCCCCUAGAGCCGGCGGUGGACGGGGACAAAGGCCAACUGACUACCCAGGGAUACCUCAUCAAAGAUGGGAACCCCGGCCAGGCUUUCUUCCUGGAGACCCGGAGAGGAUCCAACCAGGUUCUCUAUCUGGACCUAGUGGUCAACACUCUUCUGGACAGCGAGACCAGACCGUCUUAUACGCUAUCCUUGGAGGCGUUCGAUGGAGGCUCCCCUAAGAGGACUGGUCAGAUGGUGCUAGAUGUGACGGUUCAGGAUAUCAACGACAAUGCUCCAGUCUUCAACCAGAGUCGCUACCACGCCAUUAUCUCAGAGAAUCUGCAGCCGGGUAGCAACAUCCUCCAAGUCUUUGCCUCUGACGUCGACCAGGGAGACAACGGUCUGGUUCUGUAUGAGAUCAACCGCAGGCAGAGCGACCCGGAGAGCUACUUCGUCAUUGACUCUCGUACGGGUGUCAUCACGCUCAACAAGCCUCUGGACUUUGAGAUGCGGAGGGUCCACGAGCUUGUGGUCCAGGCAAGGGAUAACGCCACGCAGCCCGAGGUUACCAAUGCCUUCGUCACAAUCCACGUACGGGACUACAAUGACAACCAGCCCACCAUGACCAUCAUCUUCCUCAGCGAAGACGGCUCCCCACAGAUCUCCGAGGGUGCCCAGCCUGGCCAGUAUGUCGCCCGCAUCUCCGUCACCGACCCAGACUACGGAGAAUACGCCAAUGUCAACGUCUCCUUGGAAGGAGGGGACGGGAAGUUUGCCCUGACCACCAAGGACAACAUCAUCUACCUGAUGUGUGUGGACCAGAUCCUAGACCGAGAGGAGAGGGACACAUACGAACUCAGGGUGAUGGCUACAGACGCAGGCACCCCUCCUCUCAGGGCUGAGUCCUCCUUUACGAUACAAGUCACUGACGUCAAUGACAACCCUCCUCUGUUUGAUCAGCAGCAGUACAGACAGGUCAUACCUGAGGUGGUGUUCCCAGGGAGCUUCGUGUUGCAGGUCACGGCUAGAGACAAAGACCAGGGGCCCAAUGGAGACAUCACAUACAGCCUCCUCCAGGAUGGCAAGGCCGGCCAGGAUGAGAACCAGGCCCAGUGGUUCACCAUAGACCCAGUAACAGGGAUCAUCACCACACUCUCCCAGCUGGAUUACGAGUCUCAGCCCAGGCCGAAUGUGACAGUGGUGGCUACAGACAGAGGGAGGCCUUCCCUGUCCUCCACAGCUCUGGUCCAUGUGGUGCUGCAGGAUAUUAACGACAAUGAACCUGUGUUCGGUACCAACUUCUACAACGUAUCGAUCAAGGAGAACACGGCCGCUGGGACCUGCAUCCUAGAGGUAGGACAUUGUCUAUUCAGUUCUAGUCAACCUGUCGACAGGUGAAUCUCGCAUUAGAGAGUUUCACCAAUUUUAGUUGCUACUACUACAAGUCUUGAAAGCCUUAUCUGCUGCAUUUUGUUCAUGGGAAGUCAGAUAUCUAUAACUUGUAUGUAUGCAAGCUGCUAGGUUUUUGGUAUACGAAGUGGGAAAUACCAAAUGCCAAAUGAAGACUACAUUUGAAAGAGAACUACCAUUGGGGGUUGAUAGGGGUCUGAAGUUCUGAAAUCAUUUUGAAGGGAUAUGGAG